AUGCCUACUGCGCUGAAACCGCUCUAUAUCGACUUGUAUGGCCCCCGUGCUAUCAAAAUUGGUACCCCUGUUGCUGACCGAGGCUUUCUGUUUAGUUUUAUGGUGACCCAGAAGCAGAGACUGCUGACGCCUCGCAACGACGCACAAUCGCCAUCGCCGGCGUGUCGCGAUGCCUACACUGCUCUUCUUUCAACCUAUAUUAAGCCGACCUUGGACUCGUUUGUGCAAGUCCUUCCCCAGCCGAAGUCCCUGCUCCCCAGUACGAGUUCUCGCGACGCGCUUGGCCUCCGUCGCGGCACGCUUGGCUUCCGCGAUGCACCCCCGCCGCCGCCACCACCACCGACCCAAGUUCCCCCCCUUGCUUUCCGUGCGGCCACCGAUUCUACCGACAAGGUGGGCAAUUCCACUGGCAGCGCCAGCCCUGCUGCUCCGACCGCAGAAGUGGCCGAGCUUACCCGGAAGGUAGCUUUCUUGUCACGUCAGGUGUCAAAGCAGGACCGCCAGAUCGGGCGCCUGAUAAAGGUGCUAAAGUAUAACGGAAUUAAUACCUCGGAGGAUGAGGAGGAUGAAGUGGACGGUGGAGGACAUGCGGGAAAGGGAAAUAAGAGAAAGACGGCGGGGGGUUAA